GACUAGGCAAGGCGGCGGUUGAGAAGUGCCUUCGCCACAACGGUUCUAAACAACGAGUGCUAAAGAACCACAAACUCAACCCGGCAAGUAGAAGCACGCACAAAAUAUGCGUCGUCCGAAAUUGUCUUCGAAGAAAUAUAUUUUCUUUAUACUUACUUGUGCGUUACUGCUCAUAGUCGGAAUCAGAGUACGUGAGUAUGAAAUUGGUAAAAUUAAAAACCCGCCAAAACCACUACAUGCGGGCACACAAGACGGGAAAGCCCAGAAGUCUGUGCCGCCUUAUACCCACAGCAACAUCACGUCUGAGUCACACAAUCGAGAAGCAGCUCUCGAGGCCGUUGUUAGUACCGAGGAGUCAGAUGGUGUGGAUACAGUGCUCGCGGAGGAUGGUGUUGCAGACGUUAUUAAAACUCCGUCGCUGCCCGUUGAUGCAGCGAAUAGUGCACAGAGCGAACAAGAACUGCAGCAACAACAUUUUCUCGAUCAGGCGUUAUUAGAGGGUAACGGCACACGUCCUUAUUACUUCCAUCAAGGUGAGUAUUAUCCAAAGCCCGCUGUGCCAUCGCGUGAUAUCAAACGCGGCAAAAGUUCGGGCAGACGUGGCAAGAAGCAAAAUAUGCUUGGCGCCCGUCUCUUUCCGUAUCAAAAUCCGCACAGCGAUCGCCUCGUUAAUCAGCUAAUGUAUGUGCCACCGAAUUAUGAGGAGGUGCGCGCUAGUGGACGACUGAAAACAAUAUUACUCUACAAUGGGCUGGAUAAAUGGGAUGCUAAGCUAGGGCGUGACGUCUUCCUAAGCACCAAAUGUCCUGUGGACACCUGCGAAGUGACAACGAAUCGUGAUCUUGCCGAUAAGGCCGAUAUGAUAAUGUAUAAGGAUCAUUUUAUACCGACUGGCCUGGACAAACCAUCGAAUCCGCGGCAGGUUAGCUUGAUGUAUUAUUUGGAAUCUCCAUAUCAUACACAAAAAGUCCAAACACCGAACGCCAUCAAUUGGACGGCCACCUACAGGCGUGACAGCGAUAUUAUGGCGCCUUAUGACAAGUGGCACUAUUAUGAUACGAAAAUCAAACAAAUAGAACAGGACCACAAUUAUGCUCUAAACAAAACGAAAAAAGUUGCCUGGUUUGUCUCGAAUUGUGCCGCACGCAAUAAUCGUCUACAGUUCGCACGCGAAUUGCAAAAGUAUAUAGAUGUUGACAUCUAUGGCGCUUGCGGCAAUCAAAAAUGUCCCCGCAAUAACGCCGACAAAUGUUUCGAGCUACUCGAUAAAGAUUAUAAAUUUUACCUCGCCUUUGAAAACUCGAACUGCAAAGACUACAUCACCGAAAAAUUCUUCAACAACGCACUUAAACAUAAUAUUUUACCAAUUGUAAUGGGUGCACGGCCGGAGGAUUAUGAAGUGAGCGCACCAUAUCAUUCCUACAUACAUGUGGAUGAGUUUGGCUCGGCCAAAGAGUUAGCCGAAUAUCUGCACAUACUCGACAAGGACGAUGAGCUGUAUAAUUCAUAUUUCAAAUGGAAGGGCACGGGAGAUUUUGUUAAUACCUUUUAUUGGUGUCGUGUAUGUGCCCUCCUACAUGAUGAGGAGUCCUUACGUAGACCACGCUGGUACACGGACGUAAACGAUUGGUGGCGUGGCGAUGGUAUUUGCAGGCAGGGUUCAUGGCGUAAUUAGUGGCCGAAGGUAGUUGAGUUGAAGCUAAAAA